UGUUUCAGUUGUGUGUUGACUUUUUUGUUCGCUAUGUCGCGUUCUGGCGAUCGAUCCGAAGGUCGUCGACCGCUGCAGAUGAUGGAACAGACGAUCAGUUCGAUAACCAGUGCGGUGACAGGAUUGGCGGGUCAGUACAGUCGCUUUACAAGAGAAUUUCAGCUGAUGGUGAAAGCAAUAGGAGAGGCUAGAACAAAACACGAGGAGGAACGAAUUGUUAGACACGAAAGACGAGUUUUGCAGGAAAAGCUCAAGCAGCCAGACAUUUCUCCCAAGCACAUGAAGGAGCUUCUCGUUCGACUCGUGUAUUGUGACAUGUUGGGCCACGACGUCUCAUUCGGUCACAUUCAUGCGCUCAAGUUUGCUCAGAGGCACACUCUUCAGGAAAAACGCAUUGGAUAUCUAGCAGUGUCUUUGCUGCUGCAUGAAAACCAUGAGCUGAUAAUCCUACUAAUAAACACCGUACAGAAGGAUCUGAAGAGUCCCAACAUUAUGGAGAUUAGUAUGGCUCUCGGUGUCAUAUGUAAGCUGAUUGGAUCUGAGAUGAUUCCCGCUGUUUUGCCAGCUGUAACCAGCCAUCUGAACCACGACAAGGAAAUAGUCAAGAAGAAAGCAGUUCUUGCUCUUCACCAUUUCUACCAGUGCAGUCCGUCAUCAGUUUCUCACUUGCAACAUGAUUUCCGUCGCGUUCUCUGUGAUAAGGAUCCCGGUGUUAUGGAUGCAUGUCUCAACAUCUUCCAAGACAUUGCCAGAAAUGAUGUUCGUGAGGUGAAGGAUCUGACGUCAAGCUUUGUGGCCAUAUUGAAGCAAGUGGUGGAGAAGAAGCUGCCGAGGGACUUUGAUUAUCAUGGAGUUCCGGCACCAUGGAUACAGAUGAAGAUAUUGAGAAUAUUGGCCUUGUUGGGAGUUGACGAUCUCAAAUGUAGUGAAUGUAUGUAUGAAGUCAUCAGUCUGUGCAUGGCACGAGCUGAUCCCGGGGUCAACAUUGGAUAUGCCAUUAUAUAUGAAUGUAUUCGUACGGUCACUGCCAUUUACCCAAACUCAACAAUGAUUGAGCGUUGUGCCAAGAAUGUCGGCCGACUUCUUUCAUCUCCAAGCAACAACUUAAAAUAUCUCGGGAUCAAUGCUCUCACUGCUAUUGUGGCUGUCAGUCCCAAGUUUGCGAUGGAGCAUCAGCUAGUAGUGAUUGAAUGUCUAGACGAUCCUGAUGAAACUUUGAAGAGGAAGACUCUAGAGCUUCUCUGUCGCAUGACUAAUCCGUCUAAUAUUGAAGUCAUCUGUGACAAGUUGAUUAGCUAUUUGCGUUCGACGGUUGAUUUGUAUCUGAGAAGUGACUUGGUGGAGAGGAUCACAUUGUUGGCUGAACGAUAUGCACCAGAUAAUGAGUGGUUUAUUCGCAUAAUGAACAGUGUGUUUGAGCUUGGAGGCGAGAUGGUGAGAAACGAUGUGGCACAGAAUCUUAUGAGGCUUGUUGCUGAAGGUAGUGAUGGUGACGAUGACGAUGGCAAUGAGCUCAGGCUAUACGCUGUCUCUUCAUAUCUUGAGUUUAUAGACAGACCAAACCUUCCUGAUAUACUUGUGCAAGUGAUUGCAUGGGUGUUAGGUGAGUAUUCCUAUUUGAGUGAUGACGUUACGCCGCAAGAUGUUCUGAAUAAGCUAUGUACUCUUCUUGUUAGGGAAUACAACGAUCCUGCUACUAGAGGUUGGAUUGUUACUGCAACACUUAAGCUUGUCUCUCAAAUGGGAUCGUAUCCAAUUGAGGCUCAAGAGACUGUUGACACGUUUUCAUCAUCUUUUUCGUUUGAUCUGCAGCAGCGAUGCUGUGAGAUGAAAUGUCUUGCUGCUGAUAUGAAAUUGAUGCAGGAUGUGAUGCCCAUCGAUGCGAGUUGUGAGGACUUGGAGGUUGACGAGUCUCUCUCGUUUCUCGAUGGAUUUGUUGCUGAUGCACUUUCCAGAGGUGCUGCACCUUAUCAAUCAGUUCAACCUCAGCUGCAACGACAUCAAAGAGGUUUCAAACAGACAUUUGCAGGUCUCAACUUUGAGCCAUAUGCUCCUCCAUCAAAACCAGCUGUCUUGUCUACGGCAUCGUUGAUGCCUCCUGUUGCUCUCAGCACAAUGCCGUCUUUGUCUAGAGAGCAGGCUCUCAGUAAUGAUGGCUGUAGUGAUGCUGAUAGUGAUGAGAUGAGGAACAUGGCAUCAGGAGAACUUACACCUAAAGAGUCGAGAGCAUUUGGAUUAUCAGGGAAGACGCAACGAGUAUGGGGCAAGUCGGGUUACCUCAAGAAAACUCCAGCAUCGCCUUCCAUGCAACAUCAACAAGACCACCACAGGAACAAUUACAAUCAAGAAAGUCAUGGGAUAAAUCAAUCCCAGCCAACAAACGCAGCCAAUGAGGUCGCUGAGCGAUCGUUUGAAGUAAGAAGUCGCGAUGAGACAGAAGGUGGCGAGAAAGACACUCGCAAACAUGACUUGGUAUCAGCUCUCUUUAGUGGUGUCGGCUCGUCACAAUCAACAUAUUCAGGAGCGAAUAAAGUCUCCAGGCAAAAGCCGUCUACCAAACUGAAGAAGUGGUCUCAAAGUACAGAGCAGCCCAGUUCUAGAGUGUCGAGAGUAGAAGCUGCGAUUACCGACUCUUCUGUACCGACAGGAUCACAGCAACAGAAUGAUUUUUUGGGCAUUGAUUUUGUUGACUCGAACAAUCAAGUAACACUACAAACGAUGGAUAGUGUCACCGAUGUGUUUGACACUUCUCGUUUAGCUCAGGCAGAAGAGAAAACUGCAGCUUCUCAGUCAUCAAUUGAUCUGUUGUUGGACCUUCAAGGACUCGAUUUGAGCAACACAGUGUCGUUACAACCGGUACCUGCUGCACCAAAUGUGAUGGCAAGCAUUGGGACUAGCUCGACGGUUGACAUGCAGAAUAAGACAAAUGAAAGAGAUGAAUCUCCUCUGGUUGGUUUGCCAUACACUGAGAAACAUGAUGAAAGGAGGAAGUCGGAGUCUUCAAGCGUUGGCUUUAGCUUUAUGGCAAAGACCAGGUCGCCGUCUCCUCCUCCGUCUCAAACGACAGCUGAGUUCUCACUACUUGAUGCAGCUCAUGCAUCCAUUGGUCUACCAGAUGAUCUCAAGCAAUUUCCAUGUGCUACAACAGACAAUCAGGAUCUCUGCGGUGACAGUGCACUGAGAUUGUGUUGUCGGAAGGUCUACUGUUUGUCUGACCUGACAAUUGUCUGCUUUAUAACCAACCAGAGAUCAAUGAAACUUUCAAAUGUGACGGUUCAGCUUGAACUGCCAGCAAACUUGGAGGGCACAUUGUCAGAUGGAAAUUCAGCUCUACGAUGGGAAGAUGACAUAGAUGCAUUUACGACAAUUCGACGAAUUUUGAAACUGAAAGGCCGACAGCCAGGAGUAAACAUGAGCUUGAGAGGGCAGGUUUCCUAUCGAGAUGCAACACAGCAAAGACUCUUUUUCAGUUUGACAAUACAUAUCAACGAUCUGUUGAGGCCAAAAACAAGUAUGAAUACAGACGAAUUUGGUCAUCAAUGGAGCUCUGGUCACUGGUAUGACAAGAAACUGAAGAUCACAACAAAGAUCCAGAAGCCUGAUCAGUUGAUGGACAAAUUCAAGCAAAGAUUGAAUCUUCAUGCAAUACAGAUAAUCGGAAAGGAGGGUGUGGCUGCAGCAUCAUUCCUACAAACCAAUCUCUUGUGCUUAGUACAUGGCAAAGUACUAAGUGGCGGGCAAGUGGAAUUAUGGAUCAAAACAGGCAACAGCAUGUUGACAGAAUUGGUAACGAAACACUGCAGCACGACAUUCUAGCUUUUUCUAGUUUAUUGCGGCCGCACAAGAAUAGCACUGUCCCUAGACGUACAUUUCUAUGAUCAUUGCUUUCAUAUGCUUA